AUGGGUGAGCCUGUGUCACAGUGUCAGAGCUCUGGGGUUGGUAACAGGCGAGCCUGUGUCACAGUGUCAGAGGUCCCAGAAUCCUUUGCAGAUGUUGCUGUGGACUUUACAGCUGAGGAAUGGAAAAUGUUGAGCAAAGAAGAGAAGCAGCUGCAUCGUGAGGUGAUGGUGCAAAACUACGAGCACAUGGUUUCAGUAGGUAAGGAGGGUGGUCCCAGAGCAACACCAAGGGGUGAUGGUGCAAAACUACGAGCACAUGGUUUCAGGUUUAACAUCCCAGCAGAACAGCUGCUGCUGGUAAUUGAAAAAUCUGACAAACUUCCAUUUAAUAUUAAGGAAGAAAACAUCUCCGUGGUUCAGCUGGAUAUUCCAGAUAUUAUCCCAGCCACCAACAGGUACCUCAAUUACAGUGAAAUUCGCAGUAAACAAGUAUUUCCCCAGAAUGAUCCGAAUUCUAAACAUGGCAAGGGACUUCCAAAUAAAAUACAAACAUGCUAUGAAGAGAUGUCACAUAAAACUGUAGUAUGUGAUAGCAGCUUGGCAUUUAAAUCUAUUAACAUGUAUCAGCGAACGCAUGGUGGAGAAGAGCUCUUUAAAUCUUUGGGAUGUGAUAAAAGCUUCAUGCAGAAUAGGACUAUCUCAGCAGUCCAAAAAAUAUACACUGAAAAAAAGCCGUAUAAAUGUGUCACUUGUGGCAGUGGGUUUGCAGUGAAGACUUACCUUGCAGCACAUGAGAAAAUGCACAUGGGUGAUGAGCCAUAUAAAUGUACAAUUUGUGGCAAAAGUUUUAUACAGAAGGCUCACCUUUCAAGGCAUGAGAAAAUACACAGUGGAGAAAAGCCAUAUACAUGUGCCACAUGUCAAAGAAGUUUUACUCAAAAGUGUAGCCUUUUAACACACGAGAAAAUACACACUGGGGAAAAGCCAUAUAAAUGUGCUAUUUGUGGCAAGAGUUUUACACAAAAAGGUUAUCUUUCAAUACAUGAGAGAAUACAUAGUGGAGAAAAACCAUAUACAUGUGCCACUUGUGACAAGAGGUUUAAUGCAAAGAAUAAGCUUUCAAAACACGAGAAAAUACACACUGGAGAGAAACCGUAUAAAUGUACUAUCUGUGACAAGAGUUUUACACAAAAGACUAACCUCUCAACACAUGAAAAAAUCCAUACUGAAAAAAAGCUGUAUAAAUGUACCAUGUGUGACAGAUGUUUUUCACUGAAGGCUUACCUUACAGCACAUGAGAAAAUGCACACUGGUGAUAAGCCAUAUAAAUGUACCACCUGUGACAUGAGUUUUACAAGAAUGAGUCAUCUUGCAAAGCACGAGAGAAUACACACUGGAGAGAGGCCAUAUAAAUGUACCAUAUGUGGCAAGACUUUUAUACAGAAGAGUAACCUUACUACACAUGAGAAAACACAUGCUGCAGAGAAGAGAACAGAGUACACUGCAGGUAAUAAGCACUGUUGACAAACAUCAGUGAUCGAAACAAAACUGAUUUCAUGAAUUUCAGUUAUGGCCAGACCUAGCAGUGGUAGCAAUUACUGUGAUAGUAUCAGAUAGCCUAAAAUUUGUUUUUUUGGGGGAAAAAGAGAACAAAAUCUCUUGGCAAGCAUCAAAUAUUGGAGCAUCUCUCAUUUCCAGAAUUUGUUAUGCUGUGAUGGAGGAAUGGAGUCCAUAGAAAUUAAGGAAACCACUGCAGCUGAAAAAGUUCAGAAAUCACAUAUGUCAAUUUAAGAUCAUUAGUCAAACAAAUUAAAACAAUAUCUAAACCAAGAAGCACUGAGUGAUCUAGAAGAAACUGCAGUGAAGGAAGAAGUAUGAAGGGGCAAGGAGAAAGUGCGAAAGCUAUUACAACCCUAAAGGGCAAACUACUGGAUCGAGACAGGAGGGUAAAAGUGACAUUUAACAUGGUGCCGUUCAUAUGCCGGAAACAAUGCCAUGUUAACUGAUAGUCCUACAGCAAAGUGAAAGACAGUGGGAAGAUGCAUACAGGCAAAGACAUCCUGUCAUGGUAAGUACUACAAAAACAUAAGUAUUGGGAAUGUACUGAACAGUAAGCAGCCUGGGAGUCAAAAAGAAACCGCAUUGACAAUAAAGUGAUAUAGCAUCUAAGAAGAAAUGGAUAUGAAUUGGAACCCUUAAUGCAAACGAUGCCUCAGUAUCGUGUUCAGGAAGUGAUACAGGAGCUAAACAAAGGAAUUAGUAAUGAAAACGUUUCAAGAAACUGCAUUUUACAAGUUCUGUUCAGUGAGUCAUUCAUAAACCAAUAAAUUGUUAUGUAAUGUAGGAGAAGCAGCUGAAAUGGAGACCUUUUAUUAGAAGAAAAUCUUAACCAUAAAGAGAGUAAUUUAAGGGAAGGCUUGAUCAGUUUAAUAGAAGUAGAUAAACAUAAUAAUAUAUUUUCAGAAACACUCCACUAAAAGUGACAAAGACAAACUGUUCAAAGAUUAGUAAAACAAAUAAAUGCAGUAAUUAGAACCAUCAAGAGACAUGAACAUGAUAUAACAGAGAUGAACAAAAUACUUUACCUUGCAGCUAAACUAAUAAAAGACAUGGCAUUUUGAAGAACGUGUAACACAGUAAAUGAGUAGAAAUGAAUAAAUAGCACGCCACUGCAGAAAUGUUGAUUAGAAACAAUUGUAAAGCACGUAAGAAGUAUCCAUUACUAAGAAAUACACAGGAAAUUAAAUUAGUCCAUAAAAACUCAUAAAAAGCUGGAUGUGCUAAAACAAUAGCAUGCUACAAAAACAAAUAAAAAGUUGGGCUUUACCAUUUUAACAAAUUAAAAAUUUCUAUACAGGAUAAAAUUUCAAGAGAUAUAUGGAGAAGUACAAAGAAAGGAUAUAAACCAAACAAUGUUCUGUAGUCCUAUCUCACCUUCAUUCUUACACAUGGGUUCAGA